AUGGCUGUUGGGAAGAGAAGGAAGAAGAGGUGUAUUGAAGGUGGAAAAGACCAUGUGACGACAGCCAGGAAUACAGGCCUUGAAGCCAGUUCCUCACACGAGGAGCUCCUCAGGGCUCACUACCGAGUCCUGAGGACAAUCGGUGAGGGGGGCUUUGCCUCUGUACAACUGGCAAAGCACCUGCCUACAGACAGCCUGGUCACUGUGAAAACCAUCAACAAGAGGGAUUGCCCCUCCGUUUACACAGAAUUGGACAUCUUAAAGUCUGUGGAGCACCCUAACAUCAUCAAACUUUACAAGGUGGUAGAAGCAGAGCAGCAGUUGAACUUGGUGAUGGAGUACCUCGAGGGAGGAGACUUAGCAGACUAUGUGUACAAGGUGGGCAGACUGAGGGAGCAGGAGGCCAGGCUUCUCUUUAGGCAGAUCAUGAGGGCGGUCAGAUAUUGCCACGACCAUGGCAUUAUUCACUGGGACCUCAAGGCAGAAAACAUCCUGCAGCCAGGGCACAGCCAAGCUAUGCAACUUUGGAGUCAGUAUGCAGUUCCUGCCCCAGCAGGAGCUGGACAGGUGGUGCGGGACAAUGGCCUAUUGGCCCCCUGA